AUGAACCCCCCCGCGGCCGGCGGGGAGGAGACGGGGGCGGCGGGCGGCGGCGGCUGCCGGGGCGCCGAGGGCGGCGGGGAGGCGGCGGGCGCCGCCGGGAUCCCGGAGGAGCAGGGGCUGUCGGCGGCGGACGAGUCGCUGGAGGAGAAGCUGCGCAGCCUCACCUUCAGGAAGCAGGUGUCCUACAGGAAAGCAAUCUCCAGGUCAGGCCUCCAGCACUUGGCUCCUGUGCAUACCCUCAACAUUCCAGUCACCAAUGGACCUGUGAAGGAACCAAGAGCAGCCUUAGAGUGGACUGAAAAUGCUGUGAAUGGAGAGCAUCUGUGGCUAGAGACAAAUGUUUCUGGGGACCUCUGCUACCUGGGGGAGGAGAGCUGCCAAGUCAAAUUCUCAAAGUCUGCUCUGAGGAGGAAGUGUGCUGCCUGCAAGAUCGUGGUCCACAACGCCUGCAUGGAGCAGCUAGAGAAGAUUAACUUUCGCUGCAAACCAACUUUCCGAGAAGGAGGCUCCAGAUCUCCAAGAGAAAAUUUUGUGCGGCACCACUGGGUGCACCGGCGGCGGCAGGAGGGCAAAUGUAAGCAGUGUGGAAAGGGCUUUCAGCAGAAAUUCUCCUUCCAUAGUAAAGAGAUUGUGGCCAUCAGUUGUUCCUGGUGCAAGCUGGCGUUUCAUAACAAAGUCACCUGUUUCAUGCUACAUCACAUUGAGGAGCCAUGUUCCCUGGGGGCUCAUGCUGCUGUCAUUGUGCCUCCCACCUGGAUCAUUAAGGUGAAGAAACCUCAGGUGGUCUCCAUACCAGGAGACGAGCCUGAUUGGGCAGGAGACUGGAGCCCCGAAGGGGAAACGGGCGUCUCCUACCCCUUUUGGGAGGGUUGGCAGAACUCCUUAAAGACUUCAACAAGGCGAAAGAAGAGAACGUCCUUUAAAAGAAAAGCCAGCAAAAGAGGAAAUGAUGAUAACAAAGGCCGGCCUUUUGUGAUAAAACCUAUCUCCUCUCCGCUCAUGAAGCCACUGCUGGUUUUUGUCAAUCCAAAAAGUGGAGGGAAUCAGGGCACCAAGGUUCUCCAAAUGUUUAUGUGGUAUUUGAAUCCACGCCAGGUCUUUGAUCUCUCUCAGGAAGGGCCAAGAGAUGCGCUGGAGCUGUACAGAAAAGUGCCGAACCUGCGGAUCCUGGCGUGUGGCGGGGAUGGGACGGUGGGCUGGAUCCUGUCCAUCCUCGAUGAGCUGCAACUCAGCCCCCCACCUCCUGUGGCUGUCCUUCCACUUGGCACUGGGAACGACCUUGCCCGCACCCUCAACUGGGGUGGGGGUUACACAGAUGAGCCAGUGUCCAAGAUCCUGUGCCAUGUAGAAGAUGGAACCAUUGUCCAGCUGGACCGUUGGAAUCUCCAGGUUGAGCGCAACCCUGAUUUACCCCAGGAUGAGCUGGAGGAUGGGGCACGUAAGCUUCCCCUCAAUGUCUUCAAUAAUUACUUCAGUCUUGGAUUUGAUGCACAUGUUACACUGGAGUUCCAUGAAUCCAGAGAAGCAAAUCCAGAGAAAUUCAACAGCCGAUUUAGAAAUAAAAUGUUUUAUGCCGGGGCAGCCUUUACAGACUUUCUGCAAAGAAGCUCAAGAGAUUUAUCCAAGCAUGUUAAAGUUGUGUGUGAUGGUACAGACCUGACUCCAAAGAUCCAGGAGCUGAAGUUCCAGUGUAUAGUGUUUUUAAACAUACCCAGGUAUUGUGCCGGCACGAUGCCCUGGGGGAACCCUGGUGACCACAGAGACUUUGAGCCGCAGCGUCACGACGAUGGCUACAUCGAAGUCAUCGGCUUCACCAUGGCCUCGCUGGCCGCUCUCCAGGUGGGCGGCCACGGGGAGCGGCUGCACCAGUGCCGGGAGGUGACGCUUCUGACCUACAAGUCCAUCCCCAUGCAAGUGGACGGCGAGCCCUGCCGGCUGGCCCCCUCCCUCAUCCGCAUCUCCCUGAGGAACCAGGCCAACAUGGUGCAGAAGAGCAAGAGGAGAACAUCCAUGCCUUUGCUGAAUGAUCCUCAUUCCAUCCCAGAUCGCCUGCGGAUCAGAGUGAACAGGAUUAAUUUACAAGAGUACGAGGGGCUACAUUACGACAAGGAAAAGCUCCGGGAAGCUUCCAUUCCCCUAGGGAUCAUAGUUGUACGAGGAGAUUGUGACUUGGAGACUUGUCGUAUGUACAUUGACCGUCUGCAAGAGGACCUACAGUCAGUAACCUCUACUACACAAAGAGUUCAUUACCAGGACCAGGAAAGCUCUUUCCCCAGAGUACUUUCUGUUCAGAGGCUCUCUCCUAGAUGGUGCUUCCUAGAUGCAACUUCUGCUGAUCGUUUUUACCGCAUUGACAGAUCUCAGGAACAUUUGCACUUUGUGACGGAAAUUUCGCAGGACGAGAUUUUUAUCCUGGACCCAGAGAUGGUAAUGUCUCAGCAGGUGGGAACGCCUCCAGGAAUGCCUGACCUGGUAGUGGAGCAGGCAACUGGAAUAUCGGAGCGGUGGAACCCCACAGUUCGGAAGAGGAUGCUGAGCGACAGCGGCCUUGGAAAGAUUUCUCCCCACUACGAGGUACCUGACAAACAAAAGGACGCCAGCCAGACACAUAUGCUGCAGUCACCGGUUUCUUCAGAAGAUCAAGCACUUUUACAGGCAGUCAUAUCUGGUGAUCUACUGAAGUUCAUAGAAUGUUGUAAAAAAGGAGCCAAUUUGUUAAUCCAAGGACCUGAUCACUGCUCCUUAUUGCACCAUGCUGCCAAGACUGGGAAUGGUGAGAUUGUGAAAUACAUCCUGGAGCAUGGUCCAUCUGAAUUGCUGGACAUGACAGACAGUGAAACGGGGGAGACAGCACUACACAAGGCAGCCUGCCAGCGCCACCGCGCCGUCUGCCAGCUCCUGGUGGAUGCAGGAGCCUCUCUGAGAAAGACAGACUCCAAGGGUAAGACCCCUCGUGACAGGGCUCAGCAAGCUGGUGAUCCAGAUCUGGCCUCCUACCUGGAGAGUCGACAAAACUAUCAAAUGGUUUCCCACGAGGACCUGGAGACAGCAGUCUGACGUCUGAAAAUGUCCCAGAGGAUCCCUGGAAAUCUCGAGACUGCACCUGAGGCACUCGGGCCUCGUGUGAGGAAGAAACUGAUGGAACCCACGUGUCUCUCACUCUUGAGGAAAAUACCUGAGGACAUGCCACCAGUUUCUAAGGGCUACUGAGUCUUGCUGGGAACAGUUAUGUUCCAUAAGUUAGCCCAUGAUGGAUGAGGUGGGACACUCAAAGGUCUGUGGAAUCCAUAGGCUGUGAAAAUUUACCUUUAUUGCUUCCAGCAAGUAGCAUGAACUUCUCCCAUGUUCAUCUGUAUAAUUUAUUAAAAAAAAAAGAAAAAAAGGAAAGAGUAAAGAGGAUGUGGGGGAACAAAAUCCAAAUGACUGGUACAUUAAGCCACCCAAACAGGCUGUCCUCCAUCCUUACAGUUUCCUGCAUUGCUUUUAUUCUCCUGUUCCCCUCACUUCUCAUCAGUUAAAUAUUACCUGUUAUCUCUGUGUUGUCUUCAUAAAUGGUCAGGCAGUAGCAAAAUGUUUGAGGAGCUCUGGAUGCCCUUAAGAAAUAUCCAGUGUUUUUACCAGCUACAUUCCCUCCCCUGCCAUCCUCUCAGAAGCUGUGUUGUCAGUACUCAGCCCCCACAGAGUUUUCUUGCUUUUGGAGGGGAUGUUGCUUAUUGCCUUGUUUCCCAGGGUUUGGGCACAGUCAUAUUUACAGCAGUGACAAAACCCAAGCUCAUCAUUGCUGGGCAUGCUGGGUUAUGGUAUCCUCACAAGACAGGCGUUUGUAUGGAAAGGAGCUCUAUGGGAUGUUCCAUGCUGAAUGGCAGAGCAGAAAGUCACCAGGAAGGUUUCUCAUAUCACUUUUAUGUCUGUAACAGCUGACCCAGCUCUUCUCAGGUUUCAGGCCUGCCUACAAGUUGAUAGGUUCUUCAGUUCUUUACUUCUGAAAAGAUGGGUUUUACACUGGGGAGAGAUUUGUGCAAUGCUGAUGGAAUUCUGAUGGACUCAGUGACAGACCCAGUCCCCUUUGCAGCGCAGCCAUGGGGAGGAAGGAGACCUGGAACAUCAGCAGCCAGCCUGGGCUCGCUGCUGCCAACAAACACAUGGGCGCUGGCCUGGUCACAUUGGGAAUGGGAAAACCUUCUUUGGCUGAACCUCUAAACUAUCUGAUUCUUCAAGGGAGCCAAGUUUUGGGGGGUCUGUCCUUGGAGAAAGACAAGCAGCAGCUCUUUGCCUUGUUACCCACAAUAGGUUUGAAAUGUAAAGCUUAGCUGCUGUAAAGGCCAGCUGUGUCUUCUGUACUCAUCUGUUCUCUGUCUUAUAACCAUAAAAAAAGAGAAAGCAAACAAAUACACAGGCAUAAAUAAAAUGUUUCAUUGUUGGGUUUCCAAUUGCUACAGAUAUCUCAGUUGAUAAUAUAGCAGAGCUUCCACUUCUACUUUGUCAGACCAGUGCCCAUGAAGAUGCUCACGGCUGACUUUUGGCAUAACUCUUGCAAUACAUUUUUGAAUUUUGCUUUGUUAUUCUAUUUGAAAGAUCCACAACUGUUUGUUUUCACAUCCCUUGCUAGGGGUACCUCUCUGAUAAAUGAUGAUCAUUGGGGUUACAUACAUUUGAAAACCAUGAAAAUAACUCAGGUCAUUAUCCAGAUAAGUUUUUCUUCUUUGGUAGAAGUGGAGAAAAUCAAAUGAAUGCAAUUUUUUUUUAAGCACGAGUGAUUGUUGUGGUAGGGAGGGGGGGAGCUGAAUAAUAUAUUUUAAUUUUUUUUCCUGUUUUCAGAAGUUCAUUUGAUAUGGGCAAAAUAUUUCUUUAGUAUUUCUUCCUCUGGAAGGAAACUAUAUAUAUUUGUAAUCUAUAGAUCAAUGGCGACAUGAAAUGUAUUUUGUCUUAUUUUCUGUCUUUACCUUUCUCAUUUAAAAAAUAAAAUAUGAAAGCCAAAUUACUUCCCUUGAUAAUUAUCCAGGGGCUUGUGGAGAAAAUAAGUAUGUGUAUAUAUUAGAACAGAAUUUGGCAACUGUUAAAAUAAAAACUCAGAAUAUAGUUUUGUUGUAUGUGAUAUUUCUGCAAGGAAAGGUCCUCACACUGUGGUUUCAUGGUAGGCCUUACAACAUUUCCCAGCUGUGAGAAAAUACAUUAAUGUAAUAUUUCUAUAUAUUUGAUGAAAGCAAGAAUGAUGUUAUCAUCACUUUAAUAUUUUGGUUUGCUUACUGGUCUGGGAAAUGGAGGAAUUUUCAAUAGCACAGGAGCUUGGCUCUGUCCUGUGCUGAGGCCAAGCUGAGUAUGGGCACUGAGCCUGGGAGAGCUCCCUGAUCCUUUAGUCCCAUGAAACAGGUGGAGCAGUAAAGGCUUGCUUUCAUCACAGGUAGCCUCCAGAGGCCAGAUGUGGGUUAUGAUAAGGGAGCUGCUUCUGGUCCCUCUGUCCUCAGUUGUCCCCUUGUCCCCAGGAGGUGCCUGCAGCUGUGGCUGGCUCUGGAGCAGCUGGUCAGGAUGGGCAGAUUUCCUGAGCAAUUUUGUGCCAUUUGGACUGCCCAGAGGAGCUCAGAGCACGCGAGAGAGCAUGGCUUGCCUUUCUCACUGAAAGCUGGAGUACAGUGGUAUGAUCAGAGUGAGCUGUCGCGUCUCUGGAGAGCUGCCUGUGCUGUGUGCUCAGCGGGAGACAGCUACUGUGUGACAAAAACAGCCCCCAGCACUGGAGGUAGGGCAGGAAUGGGCUGGAUGUGGUGCCUGUGAUGUCCAAUGUGUCCUGAACCCUUGAUGCACUAGGUACUGCUGAUGUUUGGUAUCUGCAGGUAACAGAGAAGCACAUCUGUUGUUUUCCACAAUGGCUCCUGUGUGGCAAGGAAUAUCAGAAGUUGGUUCACUGAGGGCAGUUUGGGACCAGGACUGUUCCUUACCCUUUUCAGGUGUGGUGGCAUUACCAGAAGCAGCAGGCUCUGCAGUAAAGGUAACACAUUUGUAUUGAAUCUCUGGAGCACUUGGGGUCUAGGUUAGUACAGUACAGCUGUGCCUGCACUGGGCAGGGCCCAAAUUCCAGUGUGCAGCUGGGAGUCCACCAAAAUUACAUGUAAAACAUUUCAAUUUACUAAAGCAUCUCUGUUCAGUGGCUGUGGCUGUUAAUGUGUGUAUAUUACUAUAUAUAUGUAUAUUUAUAAACAUCUGUAUGCAUGUAUAUAGGUGCACACAUACACAUGCAAACAACUUGAAAUUGUGUCAUUUGAAUAACAAAGUCCCUAGGGAUGCUCAGCUACUGAGAUUGCUAGACUGACAAAAUGUCAUUUUCCAUUUUAAUUUGUUAAUAAAGGGAACCUUUUUCACUAGGACUGAGGAGCUCCCAAAUCGUUCUGUUGUACUGGUUUUACCAUCUCAUUUUGGAGCUAAAUGGAGGGCAAGAAAGUAUUUAUAAUAUUGAUAAAAUAAACCUAAUUUUGUAAUUUAA